AGAAAGCAAGCGUCUUCUUGGUUAAGCAGGCUGACUUUAAUAGUGGAGAGUAUGAUUCUGAUCAUUCUGGUAGCUUUGCCAGGUGUGUGGAGUGGAAGCUGGAGUGUGGUCUCCAAAGAUCAGUGUGCUUUGAAAGGAACAUCAGUGUUGAUACAGUGCGAGUAUGACUAUCCUUUUGCUCAUAUUGUCACUAAAGUGGAGUGGAAUAAAAGACUGCAAGUAUCUGGACAGACCAGGCUGGUUCCCCUUUACCAGAUCCAUUCAGCCCCAGGUCACUUCAGAUAUGUGGGCGACAAGUGGUCAGACUGCAGUCUGAGGAUCGACAAUGUUCAAUACUCUGAUGAAGGAUUGUACUUUUUUCAUUUUAAGACAACGCUCAAUGUAUGGAGGAGUAAAAAUCCAGCUAGUUUAACUGUCACAGAACUGACUGCUGUUGUUCACCCGAGCACUGUGACAGAGGGAGACAAAGUCACGCUGACUUAUGUGUCAGACUGUCUUACUCCUGUAGACGUGGUCUGGUUCAGAGACGGACAACGUGUUUCAGAACAAGUUUUCCAGGCCAGAAGAGAGGAUGCUGGGAGGUAUCACUGUACCUUCCUGGGACAAGAUACGGCCAGAUCUACAUCUGUGACUCUCAAUGUUUGGUAUUCUCCCAGGAAAGUCAUGCUGUCAGUGAGGUCCUCGUCAGAAGUCGUUGUUAAAGGUAGCUCAGUGACUUUCAGCUGCAGCAGUGAAGCAAACCCACCUGUGACCCAAAGUGGAUACAGCCUGUACAAAGAUGGACAUUAUAUUGGUACUGGAGACACUUACACCAUCGCUGACGUCCAGCCGAGCCACAGUGGACUGUACCACUGUCAGGCCUGGAAUAACAUCAGCAGGACAGGAGUCAACUUUUUGAAGUCUACUGAGGUUCACCUUGAUGUUCAGUACCCUCCAGUGAACAUUAUCGUGUCAAUGAACCCUCCUCAUGUUAUGGAGGGCAGCAGCGUGAAUCUGACCUGCAGCAGCUCUGCUAACCCUGCAGUAGAAAACUACACCUGGUUCAGGAGGAUAACUAACUCCUGCUCCAGCUCCAGCUCUCUGCUCCAGGUGGGCUCAGGACAGGUGCUGUCUCUGCUUUCUGUGGAGGAGUCCCACACUGGACUCUACCUCUGCCAGGCCAGGAACACACUGGGGGGAAACAACUCAACUGAGGUGCUGCUAACUAUAAGGGGAGAACUACAUGGCGAUCAGUCCAUUCUCGUCUUAGCUGGAGUCGGAGUCUUUCUCUUAGUGACGCUGUUGUUUGCUGCUAUGUUGUUCUGGUAA